CAAACGCACCAGACGCUCCGUCACUGGCGAUUCCUCCAUGAAUUUUAAACGCGUAGGAAGGCGUGUUUCGGCGUGUUUCGUUCGUGCUCACUAACAUGCAGUCUGCGAUCGCGGUUUCUUUGUUAUUAUCCGGGCUCCUGUGCGUCUGCGGGGCCUCCAGGUCGGGCGUUUACCUGGACAACGGGUUCGAUCAGACGGUCAUCGACAGGACGUUCUCGGACGACGACCAGAAGGACUUGGGCCUGGAGAUUCUCAGCCUGCUGGGGCUGCCGAAGCGGCCCAGACGGUUCGACAAGGGACCGCUCCGGCGGUCGGCCCCCCGGUUUCUGCUCGACGUCUAUAGGACGCUCAUGGACGAUGAGAACGACUCCGGCAGGUCUAAGAGGAGCGAGGAUGAGGUCUAUUUGAGCGGCGAGGAGCAGCAUCAAAUCGACGAGAGCGAUGUUAUUAUGACUUUCGAGAGCGUUAGCAAUCACGUAUCUAGUGUGAGACAUGAGAGAGGCAAAAGACUGUGGUUCAACGUCAGCGACGUGCCCGUUGCUGAAGAUGUCGUGGGGGCCGAGCUCAGAUUGUACAAAAACAAAAAAAGGAGUGGCAACAAAAACCACGGUAGCAUCUACACGAUAACUGUCUUCCAAAUGGUCAAGACCAACGAAGGGGAAAAGGACUUGGAAUACGUUUCUGCCAUCAACACGACGUCCGACUCGACGGGAUGGAUAAUUCUGAAUAUAACCCAAUGUCUGACCACUUGGGUGGCGUUUCCGAACUCCAACAAGGGUCUCUACCUGUCGGUACAUCCGGUCAAUAGACCAGGACACGAGAUCAGACCGGAAGACAUAGGAUUGGUGACCAUCAAAGGCUUGGAUGAAAUUCAACCAUUUAUGGUGGCCUUUUUGAAGGCUGUUAAUCACGUGAAACCGAGAGUAACCAGGGAAGCAAGGACUAAAAAGGACACUUUCAACAGUGUAAUGACCGGAUAUCAUAAAGGGAAAGUGGAACAAGAUAGGCCUGAUCAGCGAAGGAGUUGUCGAAUCGAAACUUUGUAUAUCAGCUUCAAAGAUUUAUCAUGGGAGGAUUGGAUAAUAGCCCCCGACGGUUACGCGGCCUACUACUGCGCGGGUGAAUGCAAUUUCCCCCUGAACGCCCACAUGAACGCCACCAACCACGCCAUCGUCCAGACUUUGGUCCACUUGAUGACACCUUGGAGAUUCCCGAAGCCCUGUUGCGCGCCGACGAAGCUCAGCCCCAUAUCGGUUUUAUACUAUCUCGACGAUCAGAAUGUUGUUUUGAAGAAAUUCAAAAAGAUGGCCGUCAAAAGUUGCGGGUGCCAUUAAACUAUAUGCUCAGGUUAACGUGGCUGUGACGUCACGAGGAUGAAUUGUUGAAUGAACUAUAAGCAAAACUGUAUGAAACAUUGUGUAAUUUGGACCUUAGAGCAGAUUUACAUAUGAAAAAUAUUUUGUUAAUAUAGUUUGUUGAAUUAUUCAGGUCGUGACGCCAUCGUCGUGUAUUAAAGUGAAUCUACUAAAUCUUAUUAUUUGUAUUUAAAUUGUAUAUAUGUAUAUGUGCCUUAUUAUUAUUUAACAUGUACCUUUUCUUACGGUUUAUACGGGGUGAGUCCACGAUGUAAUCAGAAAUCAGUUAAUUUUCCGAAAUAACUCGAAGACUAUGGGACUCUCGAAUUAUUUUGAAGUAUAAUCGUAGAAAAAAAUCAAAUUUGUAUCUCGAAUAUUUUUCUGGUUAUAAGGAAAAAACUGAUUGCAGAUUAUGCAUUUGGAGGCGACACUUUGUUGAUUCACCCUGUAGGGAAUAUAGGUCAUAGAUUAAGCAAAAUUCAAUCAAUAUAUUUUUGACGAAAUUUACCAUUUAUCUAGUAUAGUAUUCGAUAUUUGUUUUGUGCAAUUAUUAUUUA